AGGAGAUCACGUCAUCACGAUCACUACGAAUGGGCGGCGCUGCUAAAUCCCAAUUCUAAACCCUUUUUUCUGUUCAUCAACUACUCUUCGAAACUGUUUCUCUCCACUUCGGUCCUUUCCUCUGAAGCAUAGAUGAGUAGAUCAAUCGGAAGAAAGGUUCCAGGAUUUUCACUUCUACCCAAUGCCAACAAACUAGGCUUUGUUCCAUUUUCUUCUUCUUCUUCCUCUUCUUUUGGUGGUCAUGGUCGUGGCCGAGGUCGAGGUGACAUUCCCUCCCAUACCGGAUCCUCUGAUUUCACUUCUCCAGUCCCCGGUCAAGAAGAUUCAAAUGCAUCUAAACAAGAUUCUCUACAUUCUCGUCCUACUCCUGGCCUUGGACAUGGCCGUGGUAAACCCAGUUCUUCCUCUUCAAAUCUUCCAUCUUUCCCUUCCUUUUCGCCCUCUGUUAAGCCCUCGUCUGCUGGUCGAGGUAGAGUUGAUGCUUCGCCAUCGAUUCGGUUCCCUCCCGAGCCAGUUUCGGAGCUUAAGAAACCUGUGUUUUUCUCGAAGGAUAAUGCGGGCGACUCGGCUGCAAGUACUCGGCUUGGCACGCCACACAAGGGUGUGGGAGAGAGAAUCUUGCCUGAUACUUUGCUUUCGGGAUUUACUGGUGUUGGACGAGGAAAACCCAUGAAGCAACAAGUCCCGGAAGCUCAACCAAAGCUGGAGAAUCGUCAUGUCAGACCUAGACAAGAGGGGGGUGGCCGUGGAGCUGGUGAGCCUGGAAGGAGUCGUGGCGGCGGCCAAGGGAUGAGCCGUGAUGAACCUGGGAGGAACACCGGUAGGAUGGUUUCAAGAGGCGGGCCUGAUGGUGAAUAUGGUGGUGGUCGAGGGAGAAGCGGGUUCCAGAGCAGAGGAAGAGGCAGAGGAACGUAUAGAGGGAGAGGAAGGGGGGAAUUUAGAACUGGGGAUAGAGGGGGGAGAGGAAGAGUUCAAGAUACGGAGGAUGGAUAUGCUGCAGGACUUUAUUUAGGGGACAAUGCAGACGGUGAGAAACUGGCAAAGAGGAUUGGGCCUGAACAUAUGAACCAACUGGUUGAAGGGUUUGAAGAGAUGAGUGGUAGAGUGCUGCCUUCGCCAUUGGAGGAGGAGUAUUUGGAUGCGAUGCAUACCAAUUAUAUGAUAGAGUGUGAGCCGGAGUACUUGAUGGGGGAUUUUGAAAGUAACCCUGAUAUUGAUGAGAAUCCACCAAUUCCUCUUCGGGAUGCACUUGAGAAGAUGAAACCAUUUUUAAUGGCGUAUGAAAACAUCCAAAGCCAUGAAGAGUGGGAGGAAAUCAUGGAAGAAACCAUGCAGAGAGUCCCAUUGCUGAAGGAGAUAGUUGACUAUUACAGUGGACCGGAUAGAGUAACUGCAAAGCAACAACAAGGGGAGCUGGAAAGAGUUGCAAAAACACUUCCACAAACUGCACCUAAUUCCGUAAAGCAAUUCACCAAUCGUGCAGUUCUUUCUUUGCAGAGCAACCCAGGGUGGGGAUUUGACAAGAAAUGCCAGUUCAUGGACAAGCUUGUUAGGGAGUUCUCCCAGAAAUACAAGUAGGUUACUAAAGUUCCAUCAAGAACAUCAAGAAUUAUAAAUUACACUCAACUAAAAUGAAGCAACUUACUAAAUUGGUGUACAUCUUUUCUUUAGUGUUGGGUUUUCAUUUUAACUCAUGAGAUGUUCAGAAGUUUUGCACUUUACCUUUCUAGUGUUGUAAGAAGGCUGGUCUUUUGUAGUUCAAUAUUGCUGCAAUAGCCAUUGUUGUAGUACUGCUUCAAUUUUUUGGAGAGGCAAUAAUUGCAUUUGUUUUAUCAACAUGGUGCACUGAGAAUAGUCUCUUUCAUGA